UUGUUCCUUUUUUUCCUUACCUAAGAGAUUAACCUGUCCCAUUUAAAACUACUGAUUUAUAUAACACAUAGUAUAUAAUUGGUUUGCCAUGUGGCAGAAACCCUAGUAGAAAGGGACAGAGAAAUUUUGUCUCUUUUUGUUGAUGGAAUAAGAAGAAUUUACCAAAAUUCCAAAUUUAAGUUGCUGACUUUUCAACUAUUUCCUUGUUUUAUUAUCCUAUUAUUUUAUUUAGACUCUUACCUAGAAUUCUUUGAUUAUUAUGUUGUUACUAGUUACAGUAAAAACUGUUGCAUCCAGCAAAUGGUAGGCACUCAGAAUAUUUGUUUGUUGACUUAGACACAUUGAGAGUGAGUAGUUUGCUCUAAUAUGUAUACUGACAUUCUGAAGGAGUUACAUUGUUAAGGGCGCUGGUACAGUCUUAUGAUCAGACUUCCAAAUUCUUUGUGACCCACUAGGAAGAAUCUGUGGUGGGACAUAUGGGUGUUAAGAGAGUUUAUUAAAUAUUAGGGAAAGAGAAAUACUAAUACUUACACUAACUUACACUAACCUAUGGGAAGGGAGGAACGAGGAGAUUCCCAUCCAAUAAUCAAUGAAUGGGGAGGACCAUGGGUGGUUCCUGGCUAGGUGGGUGAUCUGGGCUAUUCCUGGGCAACCUGCAUAUGAAUCCCGAACUUUCCCUACUCCUUGCCUGCCUCAGUACCUGUGUUGAAGAUUCUGUAGACCAAUUAACUGAUCAGAACUUUGUGGUUGUGGAGAGAUGGAAUUUUGCAGAUAGCCAAGAUUAUUUUAGAGUAUUUUUAGUCCCCAAGUAUCUAUUUAUUGCUGACCUCUGUAUCUGACCUGACAUGUUUGUGACUUAGGUAAGACUUUUGGAUUGUGUUGUUCAACUUAGUUGACCACUACCUUCCAUCAACUCUGAAGUUAAGAAUGUUACGAGAUAAUGUCUGAAACGUACAGAAGAGAUACUCCCCUAAAAUCCACCUACCUGUAAUCUUCAACCAGUAUAUUUGGCAAAUGCAUUGAUUUAUAAUUUUUUUUUUGUUAUUGUUGUUCUAUGACUAUAAAAGUUCAUGUGACCUCUUCUGCAGUGGAACUUGUUAUUUAGGGUAACCUGAAUCCCUUUACUGGACCAGGGUCACUCAUAUUUGACUCAAAAUAAACUCUUACCUCCUGUGGAGCAAGAGCUGUGCUUUGUGUUGACCAGUACUGUACAUCUGUCCAGGGAAGAUGUACCUCUGGUACUUAGUUGCUAAUUUUUUUUCUUUUUGUUGUGUUGGAGACGGUACCCAGAGCCUUAUACAUGGUAGGCAAGCACUUUACUGCUGAGCUGCACCCCCAUCCCAAUUUUUUUCUUGGGGAUGGGAUGGUGGGGAUUGAACCCAGGGUUUCCUACCACUGAGGUAUACUCCUAGCCCUAUCAUUUGUCUUCCUCUUUCUUCCUUUUCUUAUUGUUCUUUCCCUUUACUUUUGUGUUUUCUAUAAAGUGAAAAAAAGUAAGACUUGUAGUAAGUCAGAAAUAUGACCCAUUUACUAUCGAAGACUCAUUUUAAAGGUAGAAAAGAUCUUAUUGAUUAUUCAAGACUGCUGCUGUUGCUUUUUUUUUGUUUUUUAAUUUAAGUUCAGUUAAGUAAUUUGUGUGAAAUCACUUAUUUGGUGUCUGAGUCAGGAUUAUAAUCCAGGUCUUUUUGUUCACAGUUCAUUGAUUUUCUCCACUAUAAUGCACAGUUGAAUUUGAAUACUGAAGCUGACUGAUAUCAGAUGUCAUGGGUGGUAGACACUCCACUGAAGAACACACUACUCUAAAAGCAAGGUGUUAUGAAAAGACUAGAGAGAGCUUGAACAAUUUGUAUGCAAUUCUUGUCUGCAGUUGUGAAGGAGAUAACUUGAAGCCUUUGCUCAUUUUAAAUUGGUGUAAAAGUUGACUUCAUAAAAGAUACUCUAUUUGCUGUAGUUCUUAACAUUUUAACUAUGAAUAAAUGUGGGAAAAGAAGAUAGGAUCUUGCAUGCUUUUGUCUUAGCUGGCCUUGGAACACUAUCUUCCUACACUCUGAUAUACCUGGAACAACUACAGGCUAAUAGCAAAAGAUGGUGGAUCGCUUGGCAAACAGCGAAGCAAAUACUAGACGUAUAAGUAUAGUGGAAAACUGUUUUGGAGCAGCUGGUCAACUAACCAUACCUGGACGAGUUCUUAUUGGAGAAGGAGUAUUGACUAAGCUGUGCAGAAAGAAGCCUAAAGCAAGGCAGUUUUUCUUAUUUAAUGACAUUCUUGUAUAUGGCAAUAUUGUCAUCCAGAAGAAAAAAUACAACAAACAACAUAUUAUUCCCCUGGAAAAUGUCACUAUUGAUUCCAUCAAAGAUGAAGGAGAAUUAAGGAAUGGCUGGCUUAUUAAGACACCAACUAAGUCAUUUGCAGUUUAUGCUGCCACUGCCACUGAGAAGUCAGAAUGGAUGAAUCACAUAAAUAAAUGUGUUACCGAUUUACUCUCCAAAAGUGGGAAGACACCAAGUAAUGAACAUGCUGCUGUCUGGGUUCCUGACUCUGAGGCAACUGUGUGCAUGCGCUGUCAGAAAGCAAAAUUCACACCUGUCAAUCGUCGUCACCAUUGCCGCAAGUGCGGUUUUGUUGUUUGUGGGCCCUGCUCUGAAAAGAGAUUUCUUCUUCCCAGCCAGUCUUCUAAGCCUGUGCGGAUUUGUGACUUCUGCUAUGACCUGCUUUCCACUGGGGACAUGGCCACGUGCCAGCCUACUAGAUCAGACUCUUACAGUCAGCCAUUGAAGUCUCCUUUAAAUGAUGUCUCUGAUGAUGAUGACGAUGAUGAUAGCAGUGACUAAGAACACACUUUGAAAUAUUUAAUUGGAUGUCACUAUCUGAGAAAUCAGCUUUGUGGGAAAUGUAAAAUUCUGAGCUCUAUCAGUUUUGCUCUAGCCAUGAAUUUGCCUGAGAAACUUUGAACCUAUGUGCCUCAAUGUAUUCUGUAGACAGUAGAUCCCCCCAGGACCCAGCCCUGCCUUCUGCCCCUCCUCUGUACUCUUACUGGGAGAGACUGUUGCAAAUAUAUGAGAUAAAUGUUUGGUUUCUUAUUUUUGUUUAUUUCUACAUUAUUUUCUUGGGAUGUUGGGGGAAACGUUUAUUUAACAGAUAAUGUACUACAUUUCUUUUUCUGUUACAUGGAAAAACUAAAAGCACAGAACGAUGGGAACAAGAGUAUAAUGUGAUUAAUUAAUAUUAGCUUUUUUUUCCUUAGCCAUCCUAUGUAGUGGUUAACACCAAUGACAGAACAUGAUUUGGAAAUACUUUGUUUCACUUUUCAUAUACCAAGUGGUGCCUUAUUGUAAUAGCACUGUUACAAUGAACUAUAAGCCCCUACCUUCUCACUUUUUGGUUUAUUUACAAAAUACACUGGUGCUCUUUAAGGUGAUAGAAAGAGUAUUAAUGAAUGGGUAUAAUUAGGAAUAUUUCUUAUCUGACAGCUACAAAUAACUAAAUUUAGAAGUAUAUUCAUUCUAUGAAUAAAUAUUUUUCAUAAAAUAGUUGUGAUUUUUAUUUUUACAUGUUACAGGCACCAAGUUAUAAUUGUCAGAUACGUAUUUUAAAUUAUAGGUUGCCAUUUUUGGAAUUUGGUUUGAAAUUUAUCAAUGUUUAGAAAUGUCAUUGCAUUAGCUUCUACUUUUUAGUAAGGCAUUUUGAAAAUAUAAAUUCAUCUGUUUUAACAUUUCUAGAAUGAAAAACCUUAUAAUACUCUUGAAAAUAAACAAUCUCUAAAAAAAAUCCCACAGUAGAGCACAGAUCUACUUAGGCUUGAAGUUUGGAAGAAAUACCAUAUAAGAAUGGUCGAGGCAAACCACUUCUAAAUUUGACUAGACUUCAUAUCUUUGGAAGUAUUGUCUAUUCCAGUGUGAAACUUUCCUGAGUUUACAAAUGGUGUUAUAUUUUAUAAAGUUUUGUAAAGCCCCAAUUUCUAUUUUUGUAAUCUGUUUCUGAAAUAAUUUUGCAAUAUAUGGAAAUAGGGUAACCAUUGAUAUUUCUAAAAUAUGAUCUUUAAGCCAGUCUAGAUUGCUUUUAAGAGGUAAUUUUUCACUCUGCUGUUGAGGCAGCCAUUAGGUCGGAAGUAUAUUUAUCAUAUAAAAUGUAAUGCAUUUUGCACUAGUCUUUCCAUUUGUAAGCUGCAAAUAGAAGUCUUUCAAAUACAGAAAAUCAAGUGUAGAGUUUUAAGCUCUAAAUUUAAAAAAAUGUUAAAUUUGGAUAUACUGCAAAUAUCAUAAGAGGUUUGAUUCAAUGUGAUGGAGGAUUCUUUUACUGUUAAAGGCACUAAUUUUAUUUACUGUUAAAUUUUGAAAGCAUCUAAGAUGAAUAGGUCUCCCUGAGCCAAUGAUAAGCCAACAGAACUCAGACUUGUGGAUUUUAAAUUUUUGAUUGGUUUUAAUACCAGAUGAAUUUUCUUGUUUCUAAGUAAUGUGUACAUAUAAUCAAUCAACAUAUCUUAGAAGGACCAUAAGGUACCUAGGGAGCCUAGUAAAUUCAGGAACCAAGGGGAAGUGUUCUGAGAUGACAUUUGCAUUGUCCACCUCCAUUGACUGUUUCUGCAAUAAAAAUUACU